AUGGCUUCUUUAGCGGCCGAUUUCCUCAAAAAUAUGCAGGUCGACAUGGCUUUUUUUAUGGCCAAGCUUCUGCAACGGACAUAUUUCAGUCGUAUUUGGAUUUUUCAAGAAAUUGUGCUAGGUAGUGUCCAAAGCAUAGUUGUAUGUGGAGCAAGCCGAUUUUCAUGGGAGAAUUUACUGCGAUGUGGAAGGGUAUUGAUCGAGGGAAUCAAUGCUGGAUAUCCCAAUAAUAUGAGCCUAAGACUUCAUCCCAUGAAAAGUAUGAACGAAGGUGAUGAAUACUUGACGUUUGGGGAUUUGCAUGUCGGACUAACAAAGCUACACAUGCUAAGAACUGCAAUUUUUGAGUCUCAACUGGAUGAUAUCGUCGGACAGCCUGUAUUGGGCUACGAUCCUUUUUGGCUUCGGAUCCCAAGUAGCUAUGAAGCUUCAGAUUCGAGAGAUCUAAUUCAUGGAAUGAUGAGCCUUUUACCAAGUUGGCUUACCGAUUUGAUCAAUGUUAACUACUCAACAAACAACCACUUUGUGGAUGUUAUGAGAUCAUUAGCUGAAGCAUAUAUUAAGAGCACUCAAUCCUUGCAGUGGAUAUUGCGAAGAUAUCAUACGCCAUUUCUAGGUUAUAAAGACUGGCCUACUUGGGUUCCAAAUUUGACACAGAAACUUGAUGAUACUCACUGGCAGUGGUCAAUAAAUACUGAAAAUCAAGCUUGUCCGGGUAUUCCAAUAGAAACAUCUUUUGAAAAAGAUGAGGUAUCAGGACGACACCUUCUGGUUUGCAAAGGCACACAGAUCGAUGUGAUUGAUAUGGCCACGGAAAAUACCCUGAUGAAGAGUCUUCAAGACAGUCCUCAGGAUAUCGAUUCCACUCGAGACCCGCGCCAAUUUAUGAUUCCUGACUUUGGUGAUUCAGAUGAAGAAAGAAAGCAUCAAUCUAAUGACCAUAAGGAACCAAUAUCCAAAACUCACCAAUAUGGCAACAUGGAAGACCUCAAAGCGGCACUCAAUUCAUGUCUCUCCUGUGUAGGAUUACGAUUGAAACAAGGGCAAAACAUCUUUAAUUUUCCCCUCGGUAUUUCCGACGAUGAAGCUCUCCCACAGAUGCCGCACGUACAUGCGGUUAGAUAUCCAAUAAUCUCUCUGUUCAACCAGUUACGUCGAACCUUCUCAUCAAUUCCUCUAUGGGGCACUACUUUCAAAGAGCUUUUUCCCCAAAAAGCUGCAGACGUUGAGUCAAGUAGUUACUCGAAUCCGGUCAUGAAUACAAAGGCGGCUAUUUUUGAGAGGCUUUUCAUUACAGAAAGUGGUUAUAUUGGGAUGACACUGGGGAGUAUAAGAAGUGGGGACGAGGUGUGGUUAUUAGCUGGGUGUGAUGUGCCUGUAUUGUUGAGGAAGAGUCAAAAAGUGAUUGGAGCAUAUGAACUGCUGGGCGGAGUCUAUAUCCCGGGGAUUAUGAAAGGAGAGGCGUUAGAUGGAAGGGAAAAUGUUGAGUUUGAGAAUGUUUCGAUUUGUUAA